UUACAGAGAGUUAUUCUCCUAGGUUCAUCUUCUGAAAUGGACAGUCUUUACUUGGUUAUCAUUUUCCGCAUAUUGACUGAAUGUCAUGGAAAUGAGAGUUAUUCUCCUAGGUUCAUCUUCUGAAAUGGACAGUCUUUACUUGGUUAUCAUUUUCCGGAUAUUGACUGAAUGUCAUGGAAAUGCACAAAGAGCUAACGAAGAAAGAGUGGAUUGCAAAGGACAUUAUAACAGCGAGGGGUUGUUUUCGUGCUUUUAUGAAAAAUACCAUAAAGAAAAAGGCUGUAUGAAAAUUAUAAAGAAAUUUAUGCAAAGAGCCUGGUAUGACAGUCCAACUAAUCAAUGUUUGGUGGAGCAUUCAAAGUUUCCAUGUAAAAAUGGUUAUGAAAACAAAAACUGUACGAAAGAAACGUGCAAAACAUUGUUGUUUUUUUGUACAGAAAGUAUGCGCGAACAAAGAUUAAAGAAAAGUGGAAAAAAUGGUGCCGAAGUAACAACAAAGAUUAAACAAAAUGACAAUCUUAAUAGAAACAAUGAUACUAUGAAGGAGAUAUUCAAACAUGGAGCGAUAGUUCAUAUCUCUGUUGGAAUAACAGGCACAAUCAUACUAUUGAUACUGAUUACUUUGUUUGUAUGCAGACGAAGAUCAAAGAAAAAGAAGAAAAAACAACUGACAAGAAUACAGUCUUCCGACCAAAGUACUGAAAUGGCAAAUCUUAAAAGUGGUCCGUCUAGAACGAAAAAGGAAGGGAACAAUAUUCUUUCUACAAACAAACCAUUGGAUACUGAGGAGGCAGAAGGCGAGUACUUUGUUCUCGAUCCGUCCGUUACUAAAUAUGAUAAAGUCUUGAACAGUCAAGUCUUACCAGAGGUUACAAGGUUCAAUGUUGCAGAGGGUGACGAAAACUUUUACUAUGAAAUUGAUGAAGAUAAAAUCGAACUCUCAAAACAUAUACAGGAGGAUCACCAACAGAGGCAAAUAGAAGAUGUAAGUGAUACAGUUAUUUACCAUAAUGAUCAGACAAUAAAUAUAGGUCCAUUAGUAUAUGACAAUACAUACUGCAAUGUAACAUCACAGUAGACAAUGAAAGCAACGGGAAAACAAAAGUACUGGCAUAAAUAUCUAUAUAACGCUCGUAUGUAUCAUAUAUAUUUUUUACAUGGACCCUUAUGUCUACUAAGAUUCUUUGUCAUUGUUUUACUGACAAUGAAGGAUUAUCUAUAAUAGGUAAUGUGAAAUCUAAAUAAAGUAAAGGUUUCGAUGUAAAGGAGGAAUCAUAACAAUUUUUAUCACUGUCUGACGAAAAUGAUUAAGACAUUUUCCUAUACUUUUUUUUAUAGUUGAUGGUCAAGCUUACUAAACCUUUAUUGACAUUUAUGAUAAUUUUAAAUAACAAUUUUUUUUAAAGUUUCACCUUCGAUUUACAAAUUGUACAAGAAUUGAAGUACACCAUGGAGAUUCAAUGCAAAGACCUAUAUUGAUACAGAAAUAUACUUUGAUACGGUAUGGGCUUUACUCAUUAUUGAUGGCCAUACGGUGACCUAUGGUUGCUUAAAUCUACUUCAUUUGAACUUUGUUUGAUAAUUGUGUCAUUGGAAAUCAUACUACAUAUCCUCUGUUUUAUAUUUGAUACGUGUAACGCUUAUGGAUACCUUUCAAACUACAUUUCUGAACAGGUGAUAUCACACAAGAAUUCAGAAGAUCACAAUAUGUUUAGAAACUCCUUUAUUUUUGAAACAGCCAUUAGCGCUUUUAUAUCUUUUGUUUAAUAAUUGUAAAAUAAGGAAACCUAUAUAAAUACAAAUUUGUCUAAUGACGGCUUCGAAAUGAAGAUAUUAACUUUAAUCAUAACCUUUGUCGGUCUCAUUUAACAGAGCUUUUUCUAAAAAUAGGAAUCGUAGAUACAAAUUUCUUGUUUAAAUCUUAUGAAAAAACCGCGCGGAUUAAAAAGAAAAAAAAUAAGUACGAAAAAGUGGCAAGAUCAAAAUGAUGUAGCUUCUAUCAACACAAUAUUUGUAACGCUUGAUUGAUUGCCAUUUCAACAAACAUUUGGUAUUCCAAUGGAUAUUAAUUUUGGCCCCCUACUUGUCGACUUGUUUUUGAACUUGAAUUAGAUUUCAUACAAAACCUUCCCAAAGACAAAAUUUAACUACUGUUUGCUCUAUUUAAGAGUUCCGUAUGUGCAUGUGGGAAAACAUUGAGGACAGUUUUCAUUUUUUGUAGGUGUAUCCUCUUUUGAUUAGAGAGCGUGCAUAGCUUUUCCGUAAACUAAGAAAUUUUCAUGAUCUCCUUAAUAUUUAAACAUUCCUUUUUCGACUCUAUGGACUUUUCUGUAGAGGAAAAUGUAAACAUAAUUACUACUACUUUACAAAUUAUUAAUAGUACUAAAAGGUUUUACUAGUUUUUGUUAUGUUAUGUUAAGUUAAUUAAUUGUUUAUUUUAACAUGCAUUUAUUUGUUAUUUGAUUACUUGUGAAUAGCUAGUUUGUCAACAAACAAGCAUUACGUGUGUUCCAUUGUCUUGUUCUUUUUUGCUGUUUUUUUUCUAGACACUUGCCAUAAAUUCCUAUAAAUUUUAGAAUACAGGUACGUAACAGUUUUUAUAUUCGAAGCAGCGAAAAACAUAUCUAUGAUUUUAGUUUAUACUUGUGUAAAAUUGUGUAAUUAUUUUUACCUUCUUUCAUAACACAUAUAUCUAUAUAUAUAUCAAAAUUAAAAAAAAAGUAAAAUUUUUACAUUACUGUUUUGUCUAGCACUUUCAGCCAUCUUGGGACUUGUCAAGACUAUGUCGUAUAGAAAGAAAUUAGAGAAAAAAAUUAUUAAAAUAUUUGCCUCAAAGAUAAACGGCAAAUAAACAUUCCGUAAACCUGUGUUAUCAACAAAUUUUUGUAGGUGUAUCCUGUUUUGAUUAGAGAGCGUGCAUAGCUUUUCCGUAAACUAAGAAAUUUGCAUGAUCUCCUUAAUAUUUAAACAUUCCUUUUUCGACUCUAUGGACUUUUCUGUAGAGGAAUUUAUUUUUCAACAAAUUGUCGGCAUUUCUAUAUGAACGAACUGUGCGCCUCUCCUUGCCGACCUCUUCUUAUUUUCAUAUGAAUCGGAGUUCCUUCAGACAGUUGUCAAAAACAAGAAGAUCAAAGAAGCCAGGUUAUUUAAUUUCACUUUCAGAUAUAUUGAUGAUGUUCUUUCCAUUAACAAUCCGAACUUUUCUGAUUGGGUUUCAUUAAGAUAUCCACCAGAGCUAGAAAUUAAUUAAACAACAGACACGGCUUCCUCCGCCUCAUUUUUAGACUUAUACC